GUUCAGAAUGUAGUUAUUGUUUGGAAUUGUUUGUGUCACCUAAUUUUGUCCAGAAUUUUCAGCAUUAACAGCAGUGAUACUAAGACCAUUAGUAAUGGAAAUAUAUGAACUCUCUCAUAUUAGAAACUAUUUUUUAGAACCUCUGAUUCCCCCAUGUCAUCCACAUAUCUUUUAAUUGGUAGAGAAUUGCAUUAUGAAAUCGAACUGUCCUCAAUUUUUUUCAGAGUGCAAACUUUAGUACAUGUAAACAUAUAAAUGAAGAGUGUUAUAUUUUCAUUUUGAGCCAUGCGUUCUACUUAGGCUCCGUUCAGCGGCUUCUCUUCCUACCCCCCCCCCUUUCCUUCUUUUCCUCGGAAGUUCUUUCGUCUAGAAAGUUCUUCCGUCCUGGCCUAUCACGUGAUCCUGCCCCUCCAACUGGUUCUGGUUUUAUGGAGACAAGUAGGGUAGGGAGAGACGAACAUUCUAGGACGAGAAGUCGGGGUAAACAGGUAACAAGGAAAAUUCCUUUUGGGCGUGGCCAGUCUAAAUUCGGUUUUGGUCGGUUUCCCAUGAAAGUUCGGGACGAGGAGUAGCUAUAUUGGCGGUCUGAGGGCUAUAUAUUUACAUUUUUUGGUUGGGAAAUAUUGGGUUAUUAUUUUCUUGUGUGAUGAUGUAUUCUAUUAUUUGUAAGCUAGCUAAACUGUUAAACUAAACUGUAAGACGCAACAGCAAGAACUAGGAGACGGAAGCGGCGUCUUCCCCUUGGUAGGAGGAAAGGUAAAAAGGGGCGGGUCAGCUCAAAUGGUAGCAGAGCGUGGUUUAACGGUGUGUCCCUAGUUCUGGUUUACUGUACUAUUAUUAUUUACUCUUGUUGUGUUGUGUUCUCUGCCUGCUACCAUGCCACUUGCCUGGCUUCACACUAUGUCCAAGCAACAGUUGGAGGAGUUGGCCAGUCAGCUGGGGCUGGAGGCUGGUGGGGCGCUGGACGACUUGAGGAAGCGCGUGAAGGAGAGGAAGAACCAAUGGUGCGUUUUGGGGAAUAUUCACCACAAAAUCCUGGUCUUUUAUCACCUGGCAAAACUUUACUGGGAUUGGGAGAAUAUGAAGAAAAACGCCGGAAAAUACUGGAACAUAAGAAGCAUGAAUACCUACAGCAGAUGGCACAAGCUCGUCAAGCUGUGAAAGAUGCAGUGUCUGGGAGAUUUGCAGAACCAAGACAGCAGCAAGAAACUUCUGAGUUCAGAUUGAAGCCCUACAUGAACACAAGACUUACAACAGGCACACAGACAGAUUUACAGAUUACAGGUUACAGCCAGGCUACUGGAUACUCUCCCUUGACAGUGAAUGAUGGUGGCCUCUCCCCUGUAGCUUCAGUUGCACACACACCCAGGCAGGAAAUUUCUGUGCUUCCUGCUCAGUCACAGUACCCUCCUAUUACAACCAUUGCUACUCAGACAUCUGCCAGAAAUGUGAGGCUUCCCAAGUAUGAGGGUGUGCCUUCUGUAGAUACCUCUGCAGCUGCAGGAAUUAUUGCACUUCCUCAGCAUGCAUCAUACUUGCCUCGUAGUCCAAGGGAACGGAAGAUGGUAGAAUUUAGGGAGAGUUACAACCCAAGCUUUCUGCAAGACCGUCCAUUUCGACCUGGAGCAUUUGAUAUGAAUAUGGACAUUCGCCACCAAAGAGAGGCUUACCAAGAGGAAUUACGCAGACAGAUUGAGGAAAAGCAGCGCACUGAAGCAGAACAACGAAAGAAAGAAAAGGAGGAAGAACAAGCAAUUGCACGCAGAGCAGAGUUACAGCAAGAAAGGAUGAGACAAGAAUAUGUACAAGAAGAGGCUCUUAGAAGAGAAAGACGUCUUCAGAGGAUGUACCAAGCAGAAGAGUUUCAGCAUAGACAGAAACCAUUGAAUCUUGAGCAGGAAGCAGAGAAAAGACAGUUAUUUGAAAAGAGGUUUGAGGACCUUGAGGCAGGAUUGCCCCAGCAUACCUCGUGUUCUGUGCAGAGUCUCGGUGUGCCAGGACUGAGGGCCAAAUACUUCUUGUCUGAAAGUCCAAAGGAAUCAGUGCCCUCAAGUCAUACAGCCUCCAUUAGUCAGGAUGUACCUGAAGAUGUUACAUAUUCCAGCCUGAGGAAUUCUAACACAAGGAAUAGAAAUCAGAAUGAUGGUACAGCCAACAUAAUCGAGGAUAACUUAACAGAGCAACAUCAGACAGACAGCAACGUUGAGUACCCACAGCGUGGCAGAUUUGCUGACUGUAUACAGUUGAAUGUCAAAUAUCCUCUACAUGUUAGCAAUAAGGAAUAUCCACAUCAAAGCAGUGUCUCAGACUAUCUGUUAAAUAACUGCUCAGUUGGAGAAGAAACAAGUGAGCCAAUUACUCUUUCUUAUCACCGACCAGCAUCUGAUAUUAUUGAAGCUGCAGGUUAUGGCAGUGGUGCUCAUAGCAGUCAUAAUAAUGAUGAAGAUGAAGGAGAAAUAAAUGCCUUAGAGCUACAGAAAUCUAGAACAAGACAUUGUGAGUUGCCUACAAAAGGUGAUCAACAUAUUUCAUUCCUUCAUCUGCCAGAUACUAAUAAAUGCAAAAAUAAGUUAGAUGAUUCAUUACCAGUUCCAAUUCUUCGUGUAGCAUCUCCCGUUAUUCCAGCAGUGAGGACAGGACAAACUCCUUCAUAUAGUGAUGCUAUACACAAAUUAGAAUCCAAAUGGCAGGUACCAGCUGUGGAGAGGAAUGUAGUGCAUGCUAAUUCAGAUCCAAAUAACAUCCUGACUCAACUUGGUGCAGCGCGUCACCAGCUUCAGCUUGAACAAAUGCGGAUGGAACGAUACUUACAACAACGGCAGAAAAACAAGUCAUGAUAUCAAUUACAUAUAGGGAAUGGAAAUUUAAAAAAAUAAUAUUUUCUAACCUGUGCUUGUUGGUACUUCGACCCCUCCAGUGACAAUGGAUCAGUCAUUUUAAGACAGAAAUAACGUUUCUUUAAAUGGAACUUGUUUUAGAUGUUAUGGAUUUAGCACUUUACACAUUUUUAAAAGAUUGCUCACACUUAGCAUAAACUCUACAGGAGUGGAAUAUUUGGUUAGAACUUGUUUCUAAUACCUUGUAAGUUCAAAAUUUCUUCAGUUUGUGUAAUUUCUAUAGCCUUACAAUUUUUGGGUCAAUGUGAUUAUCCUUUGGAACACUGAGGAGUCUCCAAAUAAAAGCACUCUUACUGCA